AUCCUUAUGCAAAGCCUAAUGGUGAGAGCGCUGGCAGUUACAAUGACUUGGUCAAUGAAGUCUUUCUUGGGAACUAUGAUGCUGCAGUGGGAGAUAUAACCAUCAGAGCAGACAGAUCCUUAUAUGUUGACUUUACAUUGCCAUACAAAGAAUCUGGGGUGUCCAUGAUUGUGCCUAUCAAAGACAACAAAAGCAAGAAUGCAUGGGUGUUCUUGAAGCCUUUGACAUGGGAUCUUUGGUUAACAAGCGGUUGUUUUUUCAUAUUCAUUGGUUUUGUAGUCUGGGUUCUUGAACAUCGAAUAAACGAAGACUUUCGUGGACCUCCACAUCACCAAAUCGGGACAAGUUUUUGGUUCUCCUUCUCAACCAUGGUUUUUGCACACAGGGAGCGAGUUGUGAGCAACUUGGCUAGGUUUGUGGUGAUCAUAUGGUGCUUUGUUGUCCUGAUACUGACUCAAAGUUACACUGCAAGUUUGACCUCUCUUUUAACAGUUCAACAGCUCCAACCAACUGUUACUGAUGUAAACUUGCUCCUCAAAUAUAAGGACAAUGUUGCCUAUCAACCAGAUUCUUUUGUUUAUGGGAUUUUGAAAGAUCUAGGAUUUCAGGAUGAAAAUCUUAAGCCCUUUAAAACCCCAGAAGAGUUGAACCAACUUUUUCAAAAUGGGAGUAGAAAAAAUGGCAUUUCUGCAGCGUUUGAUGAAACACCCUACAUGAAACUGUUUCUUGCAACAUAUUGCUCCAAAUACACCAUGGUUGAUCCAACAUUUAAAGCCGAUGGUUUUGCUUUUGUCUUCCCAAAAGGCUCCCCUCUUGCUCACGAUGUUUCGAGGGGAAUCUUAAAUGUGAACGAGGGAAACCAAACGAAAGUCAUUGAGGACAGGUGGUUCAAGAAACAAAAUUGUGCAGACCCCAACAGCUUGGUCUCUUCCAAUAGUCUCAGCCUUGAGAGCUUCUGGGGCCUCUUUCUCAUUGCUGGUGUUGCUUCAACACUAGCUCUGCUCAUCUUUGCUGCCAUGUUCUUGUAUGAACACAAGGACAUCUUCAAGCGACUCAAUCCAGAGGCCUCAUUGUGGAGAAGAUUUCUUAUCAUGUUAAGAAUUUACGACAACAAGGACCUCAAGUCGUUUACUUUUAAGAAGAGAGAACUUGAAGUUAACACCAACUUCCCCCAAAGCCCAUCAGUCUAUUCAGACCAUACUGAAGCACGCAAUGUGUUUGAGGAGCAGAUGAGAACACCUUCUUCUGCUGAUCUUGAGCAUGCUGGUUUCAGUCCUGGAGCAUCAACCAGCAGAUCAGAGAUGGAAUCAGCCAUUGAGAUUACUGAGAGACCAAGAACUCAAGAGAUUGCCCCAGGAAGCAACUGAUGCAGCUUCUUUGUGACACGUAACUCUGUAUUAUUUAUACAAGUAGCACCGUAAAUUGUAUAGUAUGGGGGGAAAUUAUUAUAAAUUGGUUUAGAAAUAACAUGAUGAGCUCAGAGCUCAGAGCUCAGUGUAAGCAAAAACUAUUGCACAUCUAAACAAAAGG